CUGGCUGUGGGCGGAGCGGCCUGAGGAGGCGGCGGUGGAGCAGGGGGCGGUUUGGUUGCGCGGUACUAGCGGUGCCCGCCGAAGGGGGAGGAGGCGAGGAGCAAGCCGUGCGGCCAGAGCGGGAAAGAGACUCGUCCUUGCGUCCGAGUUCUGGAGCCGCUGCAUCCCGGUUCCUGGGGCUGCGGCAGCGGCUGCGAGGGGACGGGCGUCCGCUGUCUCCCAGGUUCCCCUAGUAGCGACCCGCGGGAUCGGAAAAGGAGAAGAUGGAGGAGGAGGGCGGCAGUGGCGGCGGCGGCGCCGCGGGGACCAGCGCGGAUAGCGGCGACGCGGGAGAGCAGCUCCUCACUGUCAAGCACGAGCUGCGGACCGCUAAUUUGACAGGACAUGCAGAGAAGGUGGGGAUAGAAAAUUUUGAGCUUCUGAAGGUCCUAGGAACUGGAGCUUAUGGAAAAGUAUUUCUAGUUCGUAAAAUAAGUGGACAUGAUACUGGAAAGCUGUAUGCCAUGAAAGUUUUGAAAAAGGCAACAAUAGUUCAAAAGGCCAAAACCACAGAGCAUACAAGGACAGAACGGCAAGUCCUGGAGCACAUUAGGCAGUCGCCGUUUUUGGUGACAUUACAUUAUGCUUUCCAGACAGAAACCAAACUUCAUCUCAUUUUAGAUUAUAUAAAUGGUGGAGAACUUUUUACUCAUCUUUCUCAAAGAGAGCGUUUCACAGAGCACGAGGUGCAGAUUUAUGUUGGAGAGAUUGUGCUUGCCCUCGAACAUCUCCACAAGUUGGGGAUUAUAUAUCGUGACAUUAAGCUUGAGAAUAUUCUACUUGAUUAUAAUGGCCAUGUGGUGCUGACAGAUUUUGGUCUCAGUAAGGAGUUUGUGGCUGAUGAAACUGAAAGAGCAUAUUCCUUUUGCGGAACUAUUGAAUACAUGGCACCAGAUAUUGUCAGAGGGGGAGAUUCAGGACAUGACAAGGCAGUUGACUGGUGGAGUUUAGGUGUUCUGAUGUAUGAAUUACUAACUGGAGCAUCUCCUUUCACUGUUGAUGGAGAAAAAAAUUCCCAAGCUGAGAUAUCUAGGAGAAUAUUAAAAAGUGAGCCUCCAUAUCCCCAAGAAAUGAGUGCUUUAGCUAAAGACCUAAUUCAGCGUCUUUUGAUGAAAGAUCCCAAGAAGAGACUGGGAUGUGGUCCACGUGAUGCAGAUGAAAUCAAAGAACAUCUCUUCUUUCAGAAAAUAAAUUGGGAUGAUUUAGCUGCCAAAAAAGUGCCUGCACCAUUUAAGCCAGUCAUUCGAGAUGAAUUAGAUGUGAGUAACUUUGCAGAAGAGUUCACAGAAAUGGAUCCCACUUAUUCUCCUGCAGCCCUGCCCCAGAACUCUGAGAAGCUGUUUCAGGGCUAUUCCUUCGUUGCUCCUUCCAUCCUAUUCAAGCGUAAUGCAGCUGUCGUAGACCCUCUUCAGUUUCACAUGGGAGUCGAACGUCCUGGAGUGACAAAUGUCGCCAGGAGCGCAAUGAUGAAGGACUCUCCAUUCUAUCAACACUAUGACCUAGAUUUGAAGGACAAACCAUUGGGAGAAGGUAGUUUUUCAAUUUGUCGAAAGUGCGUGCAUAAAAAAAGUAACCAAGCUUUUGCAGUCAAAAUAAUCAGCAAAAGGAUGGAAGCCAAUACUCAGAAAGAAAUAACAGCUCUGAAACUCUGUGAAGGACACCCCAAUAUUGUGAAGUUGCAUGAAGUUUUUCAUGAUCAGCUUCACACAUUUCUAGUGAUGGAACUUCUGAAUGGGGGAGAAUUGUUUGAACGCAUUAAGAAAAAGAAGCACUUCAGUGAGACGGAAGCUAGCUACAUCAUGAGGAAGCUUGUUUCCGCUGUAAGCCACAUGCAUGAUGUUGGAGUGGUGCACAGAGAUUUGAAACCUGAGAAUUUAUUGUUCACUGAUGAAAAUGACAAUUUGGAAAUUAAGAUAAUUGACUUUGGGUUUGCACGGCUAAAGCCACCAGAUAAUCAGCCCCUGAAAACUCCAUGCUUCACCCUUCAUUAUGCGGCCCCAGAGCUCUUGAAUCAGAACGGCUACGAUGAGUCCUGUGACCUGUGGAGCUUGGGCGUCAUUUUGUACACAAUGUUGUCAGGACAGGUUCCCUUCCAAUCUCAUGACCGAAGUUUGACAUGUACCAGCGCAGUGGAAAUCAUGAAGAAAAUUAAAAAGGGAGACUUCUCCUUUGAAGGAGAAGCCUGGAAGAAUGUAUCCCAAGAGGCCAAAGAUUUGAUCCAAGGACUUCUCACAGUUGAUCCAAACAAAAGACUUAAAAUGUCUGGCUUGAGGUACAAUGAAUGGCUUCAAGAUGGCAGCCAGCUGUCCUCAAAUCCUCUGAUGACUCCGGAUAUUCUGGGAUCUUCAGGAGCUGCCGUGCAUACCUGCGUGAAAGCAACCUUCCACGCCUUUAACAAAUACAAGAGAGAGGGGUUUUGCCUUCAGAAUGUCGAUAAGGCCCCUUUGGCUAAGAGAAGAAAAAUGAAAAAGACUAGCACCAGUACGGAGACGCGCAGCAGUUCCAGUGAGAGUUCCCAUUCUUCUUCUUCUCAUUCUCAUGGUAAAACUACACCCACCAAGACACUGCAGCCCAGCAAUCCUGCCGACAGCAAUAACCCAGAGACCCUCUUCCAGUUCUCGGACUGAGUAGCUUAGGCAUGGUAGGAGUGUGACAGUGAUCCAUUGCACCUUGUUUCCCUCAGCAUAUGCCGGAGGCGAUGUUUUAUGCUUUUAAAAAUGUUUCCCAUUGGUCUCAUUGGAAUCUGCCUCCUAACGGUGUUUUUCAGAAAAACCUGUUUGGUUAUCCUCAUCCAAAAGCACUGGACAGAGAAUGUUACUGUGAAUAGAGCACAUGUUACUCUUUUUAGCAACCUAGCAUGAUGCCAACAAGACUAUUCUUGAAAGAGCAAAGGUUCCUGUAAAUGUAAUUAGGGUUAGAUUUGAGCUGCUUGCAGAAUAAGUCACAGGUUUUCCAGAUGUCUGCCAACAAGAAAUGACUCAUACUGUGAUGAUGCCUUUUGCUUUGCCUUGUGGACAAUGUGGGUUUUUGAAAUUUGCACCCUUCAAACGGUGAUUUAUCAGAGAAGGGGGUCUGUUUUCAAAAAAAGAUUCUGUAACGAAUUUUAUGUGUGGCAUAUACUUAUUUCUUGAGAGAAGAUUUUAACUUAUUGUUUUUAUUUUAUGGUUACUUAUGAUGAUAACCUGCUAUUAUUAAUGUUUUUCUAAAAAGUUAAAAAAAAAAAAGAUAUAAGAACUCAAGGUCCCAUACUCUGUGGGAUCCAUCUGAGAUGCAUGCUAAGCUAUGUGUAUGUUUUUAAUUUUGCACUGCUCUUUCCUGGCAAUUUGUUUUAAUGGUUAUUGCAGAGUAUUAAGGUACAUGUCUCUCUGUUUUAAGUAAUAUUGCACUUUAUAAAAAAGUAUGAAUAAAGCAAACUAUUUUAUAAAGUGCACUGUUUAAAGCAUUUGCACUGUAUUUUUGCCAUUUAUUUUCAUUUUCUACUUUAAAUUUGUCCUCACAUCCCUCUUCUACUUUGUAUGCAACAAGUAGAAUGGGGCAUGUUGUGUAAUGCUGUAGUCAGCCACUUAUGCACCAAUGUGAGGAAAACCUAAAGGGAAAUUAUACUAAACACUGUGCUUCAUAUUUGUACACUGUGUUGUACUACAGUGAGGAAUUUCCUCCUGUAGUCAUAUAUUAUGUACAUAAUAUUUUAAAAUCAUACCUACGACUUGGCUGGAAAUUUUUCUGUUAAAUUUUAAAUCUAGAAAGCAUAUUUUAUAAACUUAUGCAGAGCACUUUUAUUGCUCAAAAGUUCUGAAUUCAUACAGAAAACAAGUACUAUGUGACGAAAACAUUUCAUUGAAAGAUUGCUGCAUUUAAAAAUAUAAUUGAUUUGUUCCCUAUGCAAAAAAAGAAGUGAUAGGAUUUGUAUGUUAUAUUUUCUUUUAAAACCAUCAUGUGAAACGUCAGGACUGAGAAAAGUUAUUUUUGCUAUGUUUACAGGAAUCAUGCUUAAAAAGAUAAUGCCCAACAUGUUUAUUUUAUAGUGUUUGUUAAUGAUAACAUUUUGAGCAUUAGUUUGGAAUUUGGACAUGAUAUUUAUUUAUUCCUUUCUUGAGGUAAUAGCAGCAUUAAUUUCAACCAGUUAUGAAUACUAAAAAUAUUGCACUCUAUGUAAUGGUAGUAUAUUUAUUACUAAAUCAAUGUAUAUAUUAAUAGCACAGACAAAAAAAAUGGCAAAUAUUAAAAUAUUUUCAAAAUAUUGUAUAAUCCUGUUUACAUUUUUGUCCACAGUAGUUAUUGGGAAUAAUAUUUUAUACUUUUUGCUGGCCCAAAUGGCUACAUGAUUCUGAGUUAGUGAAGGUUUCAUAUGUCCAACUUUCAGUUAUUCCUAGUAAUUAUGGGAAAUUUUGUGUGCAUUAUUAUCAAACUAUUGCUAAUUCACAAAAUGUGAUUCCAUCAGGCACAGAUCUUAAGAGAAUGACCGUAUUUAUAAUUAUAUUUUAUAUAUUUUGAGCAUAUUUGGCUCUACAAGCCAUUUUUUUUAACUGUGCAUCCUGGUAGAAAAUACUAGUUGUAAAGUACAAACUAAAGGGACUAUGUUGCCAAUAAAAAAUGAUCCAGAAAAAUGGUCAGACAGUA